CCGGCGGAAAGUCAAAGCAUAUAAAACUGAGAGCAAACACUACAGCUUAGAACUUGUUGAGAACUGGCUCAAUUUUCAAUUUGGAGCACCGGAUUGCUGUAACUUUUUCUUCAAUUUACGACUUCAUUGACAACGCAGAAAUGGAACCAACUUUAUUUCAGUCUAUUUUAGGCUUUGUCCUGCUUGUACAAGCAUUCGGAAAACAAAUAGAAGAUAACAGGGAGAUUUGUCUGUUGCCCCCGGACGAGGGACCCUGCCGCGCUCGCCUACCUCGCUACUACUAUAAUAGACAUACUGAAAAAUGUGAAGAAUUCAACUAUGGAGGCUGUGAGGGAAACGCCAACAACUUUGCAAACUUAGAACAUUGCGAAAAAACUUGCUGGAAGAGUAGAAAGAUCGGAAAAAUCUGUAGGUUGGAGCCUGAAGAGGGACCGUGCCGUGCAAUGUUUAAAAGAUACUUCUACAAUUUCACGGCAAUGGAAUGUCAAGUAUUCAUUUACGGGGGCUGCCUUGGAAAUGAAAACAGAUUUGUUGACAGAAAUGUCUGUCGCAACUAUUGUGAGCCGCAGAAAAAGACACCCUCUGUCUGCAAUGGUCCAGUGGAUCAGGGAACCUGUUCUUCUUCUAUACGCCGAUAUUACUACAAUCCAAUCAUCAAAUCAUGUGUGGAAUUUUUAUAUACAGGAUGUGGAGGGAAUGCCAAUAAUUUUGCUACCAAGCAGUCUUGCAAAUCCAUCUGCAUGAAAGAAACAAGGAGGACAAAGUUAAGGAAGAUGAGAUGGAAACCCACAGGAAAAAAAAUAUAAAAACAAUUUACUGAAUAUUAUAGUUUGCCAUACAUAAUUCUAUUCAUAUGUAAAAUAAGUUAUAAGUAGUUCAAAUACUAUCCCAAUCACAUGUCAAAGUAGCUUUUUUUUUUUUUGCACUGGGCAAAGUAUGAAUGAUUCAAGUAUGUUGAAUCAUUUUAAACAUGUGAUGUACUGUAGUUUUCCCUUGCUUUAGAUUAAAAGGGGAAUGUGAAAUGGUUUGUUUCCAGGGCAGUACAAUUCCACGAAAGAAACAGAUGUGUUUUACAAUAAACAUUGAAUAUUCAGUUUGUA